UUGAACAUCGUCCGCCUCUCCGGCUCUCUGUCUGCUGAGACCGCCGUCAUAUUGGCUGCUAGAGGCAGCAGCGACCACGGCAGAGAAGAAGACCCCCACCAUGAUGAAGAACAGGCUCUCGCGGCACUUAAAGAAUAAUUUAACUUUUUAAAUCAUUUUGAUUAGUAUUUAAAUAAUUAAUAUUAAAAUAUUCGGGAUGAUACAGUCAAGUAUCCGCAUACCUUUUGUGCUUUCAUCCGACACCGUGGUCCGCAAAGGGGAUAUAUGCCUGACUUCUCUUAAUAGCCAUUUUUUGCAGACAAAGAGAGCUGUUGAAUAGGGCUUUCAGAAGGCACACGGGUCCCAGGGGCUCCUAUUGAUGAAGAAAGUGGGCAACAUGUGGAGCAACCUGAAGAGCAAAUGCCAGACACUCUUUCACAACAGUUCAGGACCCAGUGAAAGCAGGGUUGAGGCAGAUGCUGUCCACUGUGUGGUGGAUCUCGCCCAAGGAGGCAGCUCAGGUGAUGCACAUGCGUCUGCGCCCUCCAGCCCGUCACGGAGCCUCCUACCGGUGCCAAUGGUAACAGCAGGACGCCGCCAUCACAACUGUGUGUCGGACAUCCCGCAGAUAGUAGAGAUCACUAUUGACAAGGACACUGAGGAUGUGCGAGGGGGAUCAGGGGGUGUUCCCCUGGCCCGGAGAGAUUCCUAUUCUCGUCAUGCUCCAUGGGGGGGCAAGAAAAAACAUUCAUGUUCCACCAAAACCCAGAGCUCUCUGGAGGCAGACAGGCGGUCUGGGCGUUUACGGGGCAGUGGGAAUCGUAGGGACAGGCGCUAUGGAGUCAGCUCCGUCCAGGAUAUGAGCGACUCCGUAUCUGGAGGACGAAGUCUGAAUGCUCGGUCUUUGCGCCAGCGGCUAAGUGAUACAGUAGGACUGUGCUUACCCCUGCCUACUCGUAGACGCUCCCGUUCAUCUAAGAACCCUGUCACCUCCAAACGUAAGAUUCACCUGACAGAGCUCAUGCUGGAGACCUGCCCCUUCCCACCGGGCUCAGACCUUGCUCACAAGUGGCACUUGAUCAAGCAACACACGGCACCGGUCAGUCCGCAUUCCUCCACUGCCCUGCUUGAUGCCUUUGACCCGGCCCACCCCUCUCCUGAGGAUGAAGAGGAACGUCUACGUGAGCGCCGCAGGCUUAGCAUCGAGGAAGGUGUGGACCCACCACCUAAUGCACAGAUCCACACCCUGGAGGCCUCAGUGCCGGGCUCCUCUCUCUACAAACUGGGACCAAAGAUGGCUCCUGGCAUGGGAGAGGCCUCUGGGGAUGGGAGGGCCUCAGGGACUGGCAGCUCCGUGGGUGCAGGAUCAUCAGGGGCGUGUGCGCAGGUGUUGGGGGCUUCAGCAUCAGCCCAGGAUUGUGACUCCGAGGAAGAUUCGACCACCCUCUGUCUGCAGGCCAGGAGACCCAAGCAGAGGCACGCCUCUGGGGACGGUCACCUGAGCCGGCAGCAGCCUGGGCCCUGGAAAGUUCAUACCCAGAUAGACUAUAUCCACUGCCUGGUGCCAGACUUAUUGCAGAUCACAGCUCUGCCCUGUUACUGGGGCGUGAUGGACCGCUACGAGGCUGAGGCGCUGCUGGAUGGACGGCCAGAGGGCACCUUCCUUCUGCGUGACUCAGCCCAGGAGGACUACCUCUUCUCCGUUAGCUUCCGCCGUUACAACCGCUCACUGCACGCCCGCAUUGAGCAGUGGAACCACAACUUCAGCUUUGACGCUCAUGACCCUUGUGUUUUCCACUCUUCCACCGUCACAGGACUGCUGGAGCACUACAAGGACCCCAGCGCCUGUAUGUUUUUUGAACCGCUGCUGACAGCACCUCUGCAUCGAACCUUUCCCUUCGGCCUGCAGCAUUUGGCACGAGCCGCCAUCUGCCGCUGGACCACUUACGACGGCAUCGGCUCUUUGCCGCUGCCCCCUGCCCUGCAGGACUUCCUCAAGGAGUAUCACUAUAAACAGAAAGUACGAGUUCGCUGGCUGGAGAGGGAACCGCCACUCAAGGUCAAAUAGGGCGGGCUUCUCCAUUGCCUGUAAACACACUGCAGGAGGAUCACAGAACUUGAGAAAUUCCUCAUUAGCCAAUUAGAGGCUGUAUUGAUAUGGCUCUCUGUCUGAUGGGGGAUGGAAUUCAAAUGUAACAAGCUAUACAAGAUUCAUUCUAAUCUUUGUUUUAGUUAUUACUUACAUCACAGAAAAUACAUAUGAUUAUAUUCAGUAUAAUGCUGUCUGGCAAGCACAUGUUUUUGUGUUGAACAGGUUGCUUUGACAGGGAGGGAAGGCACAAAUAUCAGUGCUUUGUGUCUUUUCUCUCCCGCUUUGUGCUAAAUGUCUGCCUGAUCCCACAACAUCACCCUGCCUGUAGACCUGCCUGCAUGCCCCCCCUUGUUCAUCCCAAAUUUCUAUUUAGGCCCACAUGGCUACGUUGUACAGUUCACUUUGUGCUUUCUCUAUUUUUUUAUUUCUUAAGCUCGUUAAAGCACCUAGUGGAGAACCUUCCCGAGAGGGUUUUAAGGUGUGUGUGGGUUGAGAGGGUAUCUGGAGGUGCUAUUGGUAUAUUGCAGUCAGAGCCAUGUCCCAUGGAUAGAGCUACAUGAGGCACAUUCUCUGCCAUCUCUUUGCACGCAUGAGAAUCAGCUAAGCCAGAGACAGGGACAGAUUGAGAGGGCCCAUAGAGUUCAGGACAGCACAUCAGGGAAACAAUGUGCUUUCUAAGGACAGUGGAUUAGUCCUUAAAAACACUAGUUCGUCCUUAAGCAGUAAUGGUGAAUGAUGAAUAACAAAUCAGUCUGCUGUGUCCUAUUUAGUGAGCAGGCUAGACAUGUUACCUUUUUUUCCCUUUUGAAACAGGAGGGACAGACAGUAAGGAAGUAUUCUGACACUUCUUGCCAUUGUUACAUAUGUCAAAACAGUCUGUCAGUUCUUCACUGGCCACAGGCACUUCAACUCUCUGCACACUGUUGUGCACAUGUGCACCCGGUUCCUUUCUUCCUGUACGACAUUUAGCUCCUACGAUAACAUUUGAGCAGUCUGGUGUCUUAAUACAAUUGUACUAUUCCUUUAUCGCGUUUCCUUUUACACCCGCCUGCUUCCGUUAGCUUCUUUUGGUGGCAUCUGGCUGUUCAGAAAGCUUGGACCCUGUGCAUCCAAGUUUUUCUUUCCUUUAAUUUUCACAGGACACUCGUAACACCCUUGCAGCUAGCUGUGCGCUUUGGUCAGGACUGCCAAACAGGUAUUAUUUUCUGAGGAGUUGAGGGUGCAUGUGACAAGUGGUAGGUGAAGACAAUCGAUGAAAAUUCAAAAUGCCAGUGUCCCUUUUAACAUGAUGGUGAGUUUAUUGGCUCGAGAGACCCCAUAAGGUAAAAGAUCAUAGACAGAUAACAUCAUAUGGUAGUUUCUUCUAAGAAUCAUCCUGUGAAGCUCGUGAACUAAAACUCUCAUGUUUAGCUUGCAAUUCCCUUCCCCUCCUGAAUCUUUAUCUGUUUUAUAAAACCAUGCUAAAAUGUGUCGAGCUGUUUUUAUGAAGAGCACUGUGUCACCCACAGGAAAAAGAUCAUGAAGCCUUUUCCUGGGAGCUGAUGUCCCACACUUUACUUAAAAUAAGGAGGUCUCAACCCCAACAAAUCCCCUCAUUGCCUGGUUGCAUUUACAGUCAUAGCAUUGAGUGCAGGCAACAGUGAACUCUCGAGAGGUUGGCAUAUACUUGAGAGCUUUAGUUAUGUAAUCUGAAUGAUUUUAGUUGUGUGGCUUGGGACAAAAACACUGCUGGCUAUCCCGUCAUUUCUGUUGUGUUCUCAGUGUGAAGAGAAAAUAAGUGUAACCUUGGUGCCUUUUAGAAAACCAUUUGUCUUGUUCCAUAAUCAGUUGCUUUGUAGUCCAAACCCGGAGCACAAGACGCUUCAUCACAGUGCAUUUGGAUGCCAUCAAAUGAGACUGAAGAGAAUAACAACAAAGAGGUGCAUAAAUAUUUUUUUAGUGGUGCUAUCUUGGUUAAGAUAUGACAGGUUAUUGAAAUGAUUAGAUUUACAUUAGUUACAUCUGUUCUCACUCACUAAUGCAUGCAUUAGCCUCGUCACAUUAUGGCUUGUGUGGUAGUAUUAGGUCUUUAGGAGGGUCCAAUGCCAGCCCUACUGUAGCAUAUUUCAGUGCAAGAUAUCCUUGUUUGUCCUGUGUGUAGGUUCUCGCCUGCAACUUGACAAACAAAUCCUAACGAGAGGGCAUGAACGUUAAGUCUUUACUGUGAGCAUUUUGAUCAGAAUAAUCCAGCUUCUGAUGACAAUGCCCCCGUUAGCCAUCAGCAGCAGUGUUUAAACUAAUUCAUCAACAACAGUGUUUGUUCUAACUCUUAAUUAGUAGUAAAUACACAUUACCUGGCUUUUAAAAUUGUUUUAAUUAGUUGAACUUUUAAUUAAACUUGUGCACAUGACUAUGGGAAAAUUAAAUGGGUGGAAACAAUUAGAGAGACUCCGACGACUUUAAGUUGUUUAGAAAACGUUUUUCUAACAUAAAUGCAAUUAACUGGAGAGUAUGUAGAUGAAAACCCUGCUGGUAAUGUGUAAAACAAAAAUGAUUGAAGCUGAUACACACAUGAGCUCACAGUCACUGGAAAGGUUCUCAAACUGGCUCAUUUUUUUUUAGUCUGUGUGUGCUCAUGUGUCUGUCAGCCCGCACAUACGUUGAAGGUUAUUCUUGUUCUCAUCAGCGAGGAUGAAUCAUGAACAAAUGUGUUGUGUUUUCUUGCCCAUGAAUAUCUGAGACUGUGACCAAAGCUCUUGCACACGGCUAUGUGUAUGAACUACUGGGCUACUGCUGAUUGCAGUGUUCGGUGGUGUUAAGUGGUGUAUUAAGCUAAAUUCUAUUUCAUCUUUUCAAACAAUGUAAAGCUAGUUCCACACUAUGAUAUGAAAAACUUAGGCUGCUUUUCUUUGCUACAACAUAUUCAUGUGGGAGGAUGUGGCCAUGUCAAGCUCGCAUCUACACUCUGUAACUCAACAGUCGUCCUAUUUUCACAUACUUGGUGCUGCCAAGUAUGUGAAAAUACACUUUUUAAACAGACUUUUUAUGCAGGUGGUAAAAAGAUAAUUGAUGUAGGUUUAACAGUUAACAUUUCUCAUAUCUCACUUUAAACAGUUUUCCUUUCUGUGCUGCAUUGUGAAUUGAUCAACAUUUACUGAACAUUUCCUCUCACAAAAGUCUAGAACUUUUUCCAGUGCCCCACUUUGUUGACAGGAAACGUGAACAUACCACAUGUUAAUCACCUAUAUAUGUGUUUGAGUGGCAGGGGUGACUGACGGAGGAGGGGGAUAAAUUAGAUAAGAGUAUUCAGACCCCUUCUAUUUUUGCACUUUAGUGUGUUUUAGAUUUAAUCUUAUACUUAGAUAAGACUGCCAUUCUUGCCUAUCAAUCUACACUGGACUUGGGCAGUUUAUCUCAUUCUUUCUGGCAGAUCCUCUCACGCUCUGUGAGAUGGGAUGUGAAGUGUCAGUGAACUGCCAUCUUUAGGUCUCUCCACAGAUAUUCAACGGGGUUUAAGUCUGGGUUUUGGCUCGGCCACUCAAGGACAGAGUGAGACAGUCAGAGACUUGUCCUGAAGCCAUCCCAGCUUUUGCUUGACUGUGUGCUUCAGGUCAUUGUUGUGCUGAAAGGUGAAGCAUCACCUUUCUGGCAAAAGCUUCAAUGUAAAAUCUACAACACAGAAAAGUGUGCAAACAGUGAAGAGGUCUGAAUUUUCUGCAAAGCCACUGUAUCUACUAUCUUCUGCCUUGCUCACUGUUACCUACCUAUCAUGCCACUGCUUAGCAAUAGCAUACAACUCCUUACCGCGUCCCACCCCACUUGCGGGCACUAAUCACAGGCUAAUUAUACCAUGUGGGGAUAUAAAUUUACCGGGUACUAUAAGGGCCCGCUCUGUGUUGCCUUAUGGCUGCUGUAAGGCUGAGGGAGGCCAUUUUUUAAUUACAACAUCCCACUGCUCUCUCUCCAUCUGUCCACAUCUUUAACAUCACUGUGUUUGUGUGUGUGUAGAGCGAACUUAAAGCCUGUUGUACCCUCCACUCUUUCACCAACCCUGUUAGGGUGAUGUUAGGCUGAACUUAACCUUCAGGAGCCAGAGGAGGGGAGAUGGAGCUGGCUCACUGAGAGCACUGGCUUCCUGUUGUGGCAACAAUGUACUCACAGAGAGGGCUAGGGAUUUGUUGAAGUAAAUAGCACUUUAAUUGUGUAUUUGUGUUCUACAGUGCGUCUGCAAGUAUUUGGACAGUGACACGUUUUUUAUUAUGUUGGCUUUUUACUCCAUCGUAUUUGAUUUGCAAUGACAGUUGGGCUUAAUGACAACUUAAAGCUUUAACUUAAGGAUUUUUUUUAUCCAUACUGGCUGAACAUUUAGGGAAUUGUGCCAGUUUUUGUACGAAUUGCCCCCACAGUUGUACAAAUUUAACAAACUUAAGUUGUCAUAUUCGAAUUUGGUUGAACAUCUUUUGCAGUCAAGAACUGCUGUGGCACACACAGAAGAGCAGAUACUUUGUCUGCGGUGAUAAUCUGCAUGACCUAAAACUGCAGUCAUGUUUAUUCUUGCUUGUUUUGGGAGCUUUUUGUCGUCAGUCUGGUUAUCAGCAAGUGAAACGUCCUCUGUUGGACUGAAGUCAAGACUUGGUCAGUCAAGAACAGUCUGUUACUACCCUCCUUGGUUAUUCUAUUUAUUUGUUAAUGUUUGUUGUUCGCCUCAUUCAACAUAAAAAAAUAAAGCCAAUAUUCCCCUUCUGUGCACCCAGUAUGGAUUAUAACACUCUCAAAUGUAAGAAAAACAAACUGGGAGUUAGCACUUUAACCUCAUAGUUAUUGUUUUAUUACCAGUAUGCUGCACUACAGAGCCAGAACAACUGAAAAUGACCCACUGUCCAAAUACUGACGGACGGCUCUGUUGUAUUAGCUCAUGAUGGCAAGACUUGUGUGAGUGUUGCGGAAAAAAAAAAGGCCGGUGGUCCUGAAAUAUUUCACUUAUAUUCAGGUGGUGUAAUCUGCGUGGAUGGAGUUGUGUUCUCCACCUUGCUGCAGACUCUGUGCUCGUGUGUUGUGUGGGAGUAUAUUAGUGUAUGGACAGAGCCACAUGGAGGGUUUCAGUGGAGGGGAUGCAGAGUCGACUGUGAGGGGUGAUGACAGUGACUCCAGUGAACAAUGCCUCUCUGCCCCUGUCCCACCCCCCCCCCCUCGUUAUUCUCAGGCAGGCCCAUUGCAAGGAGAGUCCCAGGACCCUCUCAACCCAGUUUUCCCCAUGGGAAAUAUCUGAUGUUAAGCGUAGCACACGUUUGCCGUAUAAUCUGUAGAUUUAGGAGGAAAAAAAAAACAUUGUAUGUAUGAUGAAUGAUGGAGUUAUGUCAUAGGAGCCUGAUGAAAAGAAAUUUUAUUCUUCUGUGGUGCAUUAACUGUCAAGGAACACACAUUUGCACACACACCAUCACACUUCUUCUAACACCUGCACUACCCCAGGUAUUGACACACACCACACCCUCCUGCCACCCCACCCCACCCUUAGCCAGGGAUGUGUAAACAUGGACCACAUUUAGCCAGCACCACCUUUCUGUGUGUGACUCCCCCCAAAAAAGGGAAAACAAAAGAUGGGUGUAUAUGUAUAUAUUCUAGUGUUCUUAAAAAAAAAAAAAAAAACAAACAAACAAAAAAACAAAAUGCCAUGAAUUGAACUAUUUUGACCUUAUAUUGUCAUUAGUAUGACACUAUUUA